GUUAAAAAGCGCGGAGUCCGAGAAAGUUCAAAUUGUGCAAGUGCCAAGUGCCAAGUGAUAUACUGAAAAGUUUUUUGUUGUUACAAAUCAGGUUAAUGGCAGCAGAGUGAGAGAGAACCCUCGCGGCGUUAUAGUCGAUGGCCGGAGACAAAUUGAAGGCGGGUCUUCCUGGCGGAAAAGCGGCGGAACCGCAGUACCAGGCGGCGAAAACAUCGGUGUGGUGGGAUAUAGAGAAUUGUCAGGUGCCCAGGGGAUGCGACGCUCAUGCAAUUGCUCAGAAUAUAAACGCUGCAUUGAUGAAGAUGAACUAUAAUGGACCAGUCGCUAUUUCCGCCUAUGGAGACACAAAUCGUAUUCCCUCGUACAUUCAACGAGCCCUUUCUAGUACUGGAAUCAGUCUCAAUCACGUCCCGGCCGGGGCUAAGGAUGCUAGUGAUAAGAAAAUAUUGGUGGAUAUGCUAUUUUGGGCAGUGGACAAUCCUGCACCUGCCAAUUAUUUGCUCAUUUCAGGAGACAGGGAUUUCUCCAAUGCCAUUCAUCAGUUACGGAUGAGGAGAUAUAAUAUUCUUCUAGCACAGCCUUUUAAGGCUUCUCCUGCUCUUGCUGCUGCUGCCACAAAUGUGUGGCAAUGGAUAAGCCUUGCUGCUGGAGAAUCUCCACGAGAACUUACUUUUGGUACUAACACAUUACAUCAAGAAUCUAUACCGACUCCAGUUUAUGAACCUAUAUCAGCAAACCAACCUGCAUAUUCUAAUGCCAAUACCAAUAUCAAUACCAACGCCAAUAAUGCCAAUGCCAACUCCAACUCCAACGCCAAAGCCAAAUCCAAAGCCAAUGCCAAUGCCAAUGCCAACGCCAAUAUCAAUACCAAUAUCAAUACCAGUGCCAACGCCAAUAUCAAUACCAAUAGCAAUGCCAAUGCCAAUGCCAAUGCCAAUACCAAUACCACAACCAAUGCUAAUGCUAAUACUAAAACUAAAGUUAUUUACGUACCAAAGAACUCAAAUCAACUGACUAUGACCGGUAGGUCAAGUAUGCCAGCUAGAAUUGAAGAAACUAGUAGCAGCUAUCGCCCACACGCACCAGCUGUUGCACCAGUGCAGUUUGCACCACAUAUAUUUUUCGCAAAGUCUGAUAGUUCAGAGAACCAUAACAGUAAAUUCAUAGAAAACAAGCCUGCUCAGCGUACUCAAUCUCAGCCUCCUCUUGUUCGAGAUAACUUUGUGAAGAAAUUCAACUUCCGCCAGAAGAAUUUGCAACCUUCGCUUCAACGACCUGAAGGUAGGGGUGAUUUAUGUGGUUCUAUGAACAAGGGUGAUGUAUGUCCUGAGUUUUCCUUCCUUCCAUCCUCAUCGGGUGCUUCUAAAUCUGUCUCUGGUAAUUCAAAUUUGGAACUCCAGCUGCCUGAACUCAUUCAAGGUCUUAUAGGGGUCAUCCUUCUUUCGUUGGACAGUUUGAAGCUCGAGAAGAUUGUGCCUACCAAAGAAAACAUCGGUUAUUGUCUACGUUAUGGUAACCCUAAAUAUCGUCAUAUUGAUGUCACAGUAGCAUUAAAUGCUGCACUAGAGCAACAGAUGAUAGUAAAGUUAAAACAAGCUGAUAUUGAACUAUAUGUUGGUAGAAAUGAGAGGAUUUGGAAAUGUGAGAAUCCACUUGGUGGCAAUCCUAACCAAUAUCACAAUGCAACUUGGAACGUGAUUGAGAAAUUUCUUUGUUCAACUGUUGGACGUUCAGCAAUAGCAGCAUCUGAAUGCAGGUAUGAAGCUGCUUUGAUUCUUAGAAAUGCAUGCCUUAAAGACCUUACAUUGGGUGAAGUACUUCAAAUCCUGAAUAUGAUUAUCACUCUGAAGCGUUGGAUUAAAACUCGCUCUGAUUGGCAUCAGAUUACUAUUACUCUUCCAGAAACUAAUAAUGACAAUGAUACCAGAACAUGCAUCUAGCCGACAGAUCUCUUUUGGUAUUUUAGCAUGUCAUAGCCGUGACAUGUUUUCAGAAAUGGAUUUGAUAUCUUGGGAGUUACAGAUUUUAAAAGAAGCUCAAUUUUGUAUAAGAUGGUAUGUUCAGUGCUUACUUGAUGACGGCAUAGGAGCGAGAUCUUUUUUACUUUUGUGGACCUCUUUCCAAGACACUUGCAGCUGAUAUAAGUGUGCAGCUAAAGGGAUGUGAUUGUUAUCAUGCUUCUAUCAACCUUGCUAUGCUGAUGGAUCUCGUAAUCUUACAUUUACAGCAGCAUCGUUUCUGCUAUCUUCACUUUCUUUAUCUUAAAAUUUCCUUUUCGCUGGAAAUUUUGUUUGCAUCAGCAAGUCUACUACUGCUUUCACAUUACUUGGAUUUGGGGCAUCCAGGAAUAUGCAGAUUGUAUUUUGGUUACCUUGGUGAGUUGAGAACUGGCCAGAAGCACAAAGGUUUUGGGUUGCAGGUUGACAGGAAUAUUUUGUAGUCACUGUUCUUCUAGCCAGAAUAUAAAUAAUGAAAAGUGGUUUAGAACAGAUCCAGUAACCUUGUUUUUUAAGCUUUAUCAAAUGGAAUAUGUAGAUUUACUUCACCAGCGUUUUUGAUAACGUUGUCCUUUUGCCUAUUCUUUUUGUUUCUUGGAACUUAUGACUGUAAAUCACUUCUGCAGAUAAGAUUAUAUGUAGCUUUAAUUGGCAGGCACUUGCAUUUGUUUUCA